AUGCACUCGCCGCUCACUGAAUGCCUGCUCUGCUACCCCCCUUCGAUUUCACCUCCCGCGAUACCACCUCCAGUCCCCACGUUCAGACUCCCCCCUCAGGGAGGAGUCUCGUUACACGCUGCUCUCCCCUACAGCCUGCUCUCGUUCGCUGGUUUACUCUCGCGCUCGGAUUCUCUCGUGAUGCUCCAGUCCAGACCCCACGUUCAGAGGCUUGAUAUCCUUUCUCCUACUAACUCUGUUUCAGCAUUGUUGCAUGCUGAUUCUGUGCCUGUAACUCCAGGUGCUCGCAUGCCUCUGUACGCGUACGCGAAGCGUCCGUGCACCAACUUGGAGCUGGACGGGGUUCCAGGCUGCUUCCAGCCCGGGUUUCUAGACUCGGGAUCCAGGCGUUCGGAAAGCACCUCGAGCUUCGCGUCGUACGACGACCUGCUGUCCUUCCGCGAGUCGCUGUCGUCGUCGUCGGACGAUGACUCGCUGUCGUCCAGCGGCGCGAGCGACAUUCACGACGACGACCAAGACACGCCGGCUUUCUCGCUUCGCAAGCACAUCACAUCCGAGUGGGACAGGAAGUUCCAGGAAGGGUUGUUCCGUUACGACGUGACGGCGUGCCAGUCAAAGGUUAUCGAGGGACGUCUGGGCUUCAUCGCGCAGCUGAACGAGGGGCGGCACUCCAAGAAGCGCCCCUCCGAAUUCCCUAUGGACAAGGUGUUGCAGCCGUUUGACCCCUCCAAAUUCAACUUCACCAAGGUCGGCCAGAACGAAAUGCUCUUCCGUUUUGAAGAAGGCGGGGAAGAGGAGAGCCUCUUCCAUAAAGAGGCGGUUGUGGAGGAGAGCCCCAGCAUCGUAGCCAUCAAUGUGUCUCCCAUUGACUACGGCCACGUGCUGCUGGUUCCCCGCGUUCUCGACAGAAUUCCCCAACGUAUAGACGAGCCGAGUCUCCUCAUGGCUCUCCGGCUAGCCUCGGAAGUCAACGACCCUGCCUUUAGGAUCGGAUACAAUAGCCUCGGCGCCUUUGCAACAAUCAACCACCUGCACUUCCAGGCCUACUUUCUCGACCUGCCCUUUGCCAUUGAGCGUGCAUCUUCGAAGGAAAUUGCAGUUUCAACAAAUGGGUGCAAGGUUGAAGAGUUGACUGAUUACCCGGUGAAAACGCUCGUUUUCCAGGUGGGUGCGUGCCUCGAGCAGAUGACGUCAGCUGCUGCGGCGGCAUGCUGCGAGCUCCAGGAAAGGAAUAUUCCCUUCAACUUGUUUAUCGUUGACAGAGGCACCCGGCUGUUCCUCAUUCCACAGUUGUUUAAAGCUGGUCUAAUUCUUCCCCUUCCCCCUCCAUUUCCCUUUGCAGAGAUAUGCAGAGAGGCAGACAAGGGCCGAGAUUAG